GGCAAGGUCGUGAGGGAACUGCACUACUCUUCCCAUAAUCCUCACCUAUUCUAAGCCUCUACUAUCUCUUAAGUCUCGUCCACCCUUUAAACUAGUAGCCGGAACAGCCGCUCGCCACUCUUAGACAACCUUCUGUCGAACAAUUAUUCGAUAAUCGUCCCGCGAAGCCCCCAUGUCAUUUACCCGCCGUGGUAGAGCUUUAUCCCGACUUCCCUGCUGGGCCCGGGACACUUCUCUGCUGCGAAGUGAUGUCAAGGAAAAGGUGAUUCUGCGAGUAAAAGCUCUGAAUAUAAAUGAAGACAUGGGCACUGGAUGGUACACAUCUACUGCUCUCCUAUUCUCGGCCCUGGAUCACAUCACACGGAAGAACGCACUCACUGAUAGCAUAUCUCUUAGAACGAGCCCGUGGUAUGGUGGAAAUAUCACAACGACCGAGCGCGCCGAAAUUAUUCUCCACACCAUGGUCCUGCAGUCUUUAUUCAGUUGUAGCCCGAAAAAUAUCGACGAGUUUGUGCUCACCUUGAGCAGCAUCUUUUGGCCGGACAAGAUAUUUGACCGACGGGCCAAUAUCUUUGUUGCAGACGGGUACGCCAACGACCAGGAUCCAGACCAGGACAAUCGUGACUAUAAAUACUGUCAACAUAAGGCAUAUUACGCAUGCGCGAUUCAAAUUUUAGCUGGUGUCUUGGAUGAUAUAGAGAAACGGAACACUCGAGGCAGUUCCCUUACACAGAGCAUGAACAGCCGAAUAUUAGAUGGCGAACCGGUCAUUCGCCCCGGACGUAUCACAAAUAAGAGUGAUAUUCCAUGUUGGGUUCGUUAUCCUGAAUGCCUCGAUGUGUACCUCAGCGAUAAAGUCGUUGAUCUGAUAAAGGAGGUGAACGCCUCAAAAUGCGAGCCGUCUUGGCGUCUGAAAAUCACCACGGAAGAACGUGCCAAAAUCCUCCAUGCGCGAAUACAGCGCCGAUUCAACAAGACUGUGAGAAGGGCCAUAGAAAGGCAACGUCCGAUGGCAGCUCUGUUUCAUAUUUUUGAGACUAGAUUUGCAGAAACACUCCGGUCCAUGCUGACCCAAGAGUUGAGGGUUCGCCGCGAUGCACACCCUUCAGCUUGGAGCCAGACCUGCGGUAUUUGGCAUUUGGUUCAAAAUGUGCUUCUUCGAGUACUAGAGGAUUGCGAGAGACAGAGACGAACUUCUAAGGGCGGACUUGAGGCACUACAUGAUCGGAUAAAUGGACUCGUCAAGUACGGCACUGUUCUCUGCAGCGCGCUCACCAAUCCUUUUAAAAGCAAGUCUAAUACUUCACUCCGCGCGAAGUUAUUCAGAUACUCAGUGUAGUACGAUUGCAAGAAGGCGGUGC